ACAGUAAGUCACAAGACUCUAUAUAAGUUUAUUUAUUUAUUUUUAUUUUUUUUAAAAGUUAACGGCUUGUUAAAGGACCAAAAUAACAUAAAAGGACCAAAAUAAAGAGAGAAGCCUUGAAACCUUGAAGAGUUUAUAUUUCUUUCUUAUUUUUUUUCUUCCUUCUCUUCUCUGCCAGUGCUCCUUGCACUUUGUUUUAGCCCUUUAUCCUCUCUCUCUCUCUCUUACCCUGAAAUAGAGGAAGCAGAGUCACACAGAAGAGUUUAAUGUCCAACCCACCGCUUCUUGCUUUCAUUUUCUCUCUCCAAGACUGAACCUUGUUGUUGGGGUCUCAACUUUCUCUGCUCAGUGACUCAGAACUCAGUUGUUUUCUCUCAUUUUCUCAGUGAUUCUUAGCUAAAGGAAAAGGAAAGUCACCAAAACAAAGAAAGAAAAAGAACAGAGAAGAGCCAUUUUGUUUGUGAAGGAGACUCAUUUUUCUCUCAACUCAUAUUCUCUCUGUUUCAGCUAUUUCUUGUCUUUAGAGAUCUACCACCAACCAACUCUUAUUUCAUUUUCUCUUUUCUUAUUCUCUUGUACCUUUGUGUUUGGUGCAUUUUGAGUUGUAACUAUGAGUAAAGAAGAGUUUUUGAAGAUCCAGAAAUGUGUCCUCAAAGUGAAUAUACACUGUGAUGGUUGUAAGCAUAAGGUCAAGAAAAUCUUACAGAAAAUUGAUGGUGUUUUUACCACCGACAUAGACGCAGACCAGGGAAAGGUGACGGUCUCAGGCAAUGUUGACCCUGCCGUUCUCAUUAAAAAGCUUGCAAAAUCUGGUAAACAUGCUGAGCUGUGGGGUGCCCCAAAACCAAAUAACCAAAACAAUCAGAACCAGAACCAACUGGCUAAUCAGCUCAAGAACAUGCAAAUUGAUAAUGGCAAGGGUGGAAACAAGCCUCAAAAGGGUGGAAAUAACAACAAUAACCAGCCUCAAAAGGGAGGACAGAAUGGUAAUCAACAACCCCAGCAGCAACAGCAACAGCUGCAGCAGCAGCAAAUGCUUCAACAGCAGCUCCAGCAGCAACAACAGCUCCAGCAACACCUUCAGCAGCUUCAGAACAUGAAAGGGUUAGAUCUAAAGCUUCCUCAAUUGAAAGGCAUGCCAAUGCCUCAACCUAAUAAUAACAACAAAGGACAGAACCCAAAUCAGAAGGCUGUCAAGUUCAGUGAGCCGCUAGAGGAAGACGAAUUCAGUGAUGAUGACUAUGACUAUGAUGAUGAUGAUUACGAGGAUGAAGAUUUUGAUGAUGAAAUGGAUGAUAUGCCACCUCAUCCUCUUGCCAAGAACAUGAACAUGAAGAUGCCUCCCGGUAUGCCUCCUGGUAUGUUGAGUGGUAUGAUGAAUGGAAAUAAUCCCCAUGCCCAGCAAAUGAUGAACCAAAAUGCUCAGAAGGGUGGAAAUGCAGGUGGGAAUGGCAAAAAAGGAGGUAGUGGUGGUGGAGGUGGCCCUAUACCUGUUCAGAUCAAUGUCCCCGGCGGUGGUGGUGGACCAAUGGACGGUAAAAAUGGAGGCAAGAAGGGUGGCGGUGGCCAAAAUCCUGCUGCCGGAGGUAAAAAUGGAGGUAAGCCUCAAGAUGGCAAAAAUGGGGGCGGAGGUGGAGGAAACAAAAACGUUAACGGCGGAGGUGGCGGUGGCGGCGGUAAUAAUUUAAACGGUGGUAAAAAGGGUGGUGGUGGUCUUGAUGGGGCUCAAGUUCAAGCUAUGAACAAAGGGUUUCAACACAUGGGUCCUGGAGGCCCUGUUCCUCAUCCUCAAGCCAUGGCCGGAGGUGGUGGUGGUGGUGGUGGUGGUGGUAACAUGAAUAUGAACAUGGCCAUGAGCCAAAUGGGUCAAAUGGGCAACAUCCCAGUCGGCCAAAUGGGUCCAAUCCCUGCCGUUCAAGGACUACCGGCGGCAGCCAUGAACGGUGCCGGAGCUGGGUAUUUCCAAGGAGCUGGGCCAGAGGUCAUGCCCGGUAAUCCUUACCACCAACAACAACAACAACAGCAUCAACAGCAGCAGUACUUAGCGGCUGUUAUGAAUCAGCAACGGGCCAUGGCCGGAAACGACAGGUUUCAGCCCAUGAUGUACGCCAGGCCACCGCCGGCGGUUAAUUACAUGCCGGCACCGUACCCUUACCCACCGCCGCCACAAUAUCAAGAUCCCAAUUAUGCUCACUUCUUCAGUGAUGAGAACACUUCAAGUUGCAAUGUCAUGUGAAAGUAAUUAAGGUUUUUUUUUUAUUAUUAUUAAAAAAAAAAAGAAAGGAAGAACAAAGUUUGACCAAAAGCACUUUGAUCUGCUGCUGACGUGGGUUAAUUUGAUUGGUUUGUGAUAUGGUGUUCCUGGUCUCUGGGUUCUCUACUUCUUCAGUCAUAGUUACAAGUACUAGAAAAAAGAGGAAGGGUAAAAGAAAAAAAAAAGUCUGAUGAUGCCAUAAUAUUAUACAUGGAAAUGGGUUUUUUCUUCUCAUUUUCUUUUCUUAGUUUUUUUAUUUACAUUUUCUCCUUAAAUCUCUCUUUUCUUUAAUCCUAAUAUAAUUAGGAGUUUAAUUAUCUAUAGAGGGGAAGUACUUCAUAUAUUAGUAUAAUAAUAUAUUAAAGCUUUUUAGGGAAGAAUGAGAUGUAAGUGGUGGGGGGCAAAGAGAGACAGUGCUCUGGGCUUUUUCUCUGUUUUAUGAAAGAUGUUUAUAUGUGUUCAUAUGUUUGCAAAAGCAGAAAAAAAAAAAUAAGAUAUGAAAAAAAAAAGAGAGAGAAGGAAGCCCAUCUCUACUGCCUAUUUCUUUCCCAAAA